CAGACGUCACGUGACGUAUAAUGCUGUGUUCAGUAAAAAACAUGGCGACUGAGGAGGAUUCGGAACAUUAUUUUGUUAGAGAAAUAGAAAAGAAUGACGGGUCUGUUUUAAAAAUGUAUCAGUGCAGCAAAGGGGACGUGGGUUGUGUAGUAUGGGACGCUGCUAUUGUCCUGUCAAAAUACCUCGAAACGGAACAAUUUUGCAGUAUUCAGUCUGGUAUUAGUAAGUGGUUCUCCAAGAACAUUAUUGAACUGGGCGCAGGAACAGGAGUAGUUGGUCUCGUGGCUGCAACUCUGGGGGCAAAUGUUACAGUGACAGAUCUAGAAGACCUGCAGCCUCUCCUUAAGCUGAACAUUGAGAAAAAUCAGCAACUCAUCCAUACGGGCUCAAUCACAGCCAAGGUACUGAAAUGGGGAGGAAACGUUGAAGAUUUUCUACCUCAUCCUGAUUAUAUUCUGAUGGCUGAUUGUAUCUACUAUGAGCAGUCUGUGGAGCCACUAGUGGAGACUCUGAAACUCUUGGCUGGACCAGAGACCUGCAUCAUCUGUUGCUAUGAGCAGCGCACUGUUGGUGUCAAUCCUGAGAUAGAGAAGAGAUUCUUUGAGCUACUUCUGCAAGAGUUCCAGUCAGAGGAGAUCCCACCUGAGAAACAAGACCCCGAGUUCAAUAGUCCUGACAUUCACAUUCUCCACCUGCGACGAAGAGUUGACUGAAUGCCAUUUACGAGGAUGUGUUGUGUAUGUUUGUGUUUCAAUAGACUGCAUUGUUUGAAUCUAUACUAUAUAAAAAAAAAAAAUUUUAAGUGCAUUUUAUGUGGUCUGGAAGUUUGGCCUUAAUGUGAGCCUAAGUGUGUUUUCAGACAAACAAGUUUAAAGUGAAUGGUUUUGCAUGUGCAUUGUGCACUGUUAAACUGGCAAUAAAUCUCAGGUGUGUGUUUUUUUACACACCAAUUCAGAGAAUGUUAUACUGAGUGUGAUUUAUAAUAACUAAAUAUAAGGAAGUUGCCCAAAUACUAAUAAUUAUGAUUGUUCAAAGGAUUCUACUUCAGACCACUUGAUCUUAACUGGUGUCCCCUCUUCUAAACCAAAUAUGAACUAAAUAAACUAGAUAUUUAUUUAAAAUAAUGCAUGGACUGGAUUUAGUGGUUUAUGGGCUCAUAUAAAGUCUCCAGUGGGAACAUGA